AGGAUUUCGCGGACUUUCUAGUUGUUUUUUUUUUUGUGGGAGAACAAAAACCUUCGUUUAAUUAUAUAUAAGUAAGAUAAAAUGUUUAACCGAGCUAGGAAUAUUAAUUUCAAAACUCUCUGUAGGCCAAUAGUUUGCGUUCCAAAACACAAACCCCCGGAUCAUAAGGACAUUCAAAUAUUGAGGGAGUUCCUCACAAAACACGAAAAAGUUUUAAUUCUAACUGGUGCAGGAAUAUCUACAGAAUCUGGUAUACCAGAUUAUAGAUCUGAAGAAGUUGGUCUCUAUGCUCGCAGUAAUCACAAACCAAUUCAAUAUCAAGAAUUUGUGAAAUAUCCCAAAGCAAGGCAAAGGUAUUGGGCAAGGAACUUUGUAGGUUGGCCUCGAUUUAGUAGCAUACAGCCAAAUGCUACACAUUUUUCUAUUACAAAGAUGCAAAAGGCAGGUAAAGUAACAGCAAUUGUAACUCAAAAUGUUGACCGUCUUCACCACAAAGCUGGGUCGUCUAAUGUAAUAGAGUUGCACGGAACAGGCUAUAUAGUGAAAUGCUUGAAAUGCCCCUACAAAGUCUCUAGGGAUGAAUUGCAAGAAGUCCUUUUGGAAAAUAACCUAAAUAUGAAAAGCAACUUUGGAAUGAUUCGGCCAGAUGGAGAUGUUGAUUUGACAAAGGAACAAGAAGACAACUUCAAAAGCCCAUUAUGUCCUAACUGUGAGAGCCCUCUGAAACCUGACAUUAUAUUCUUUGGAGACAAUGUUCCCAAACAAAGGGUAGAGCAGGUGAGAAAAGAAGUAUCUUCUAGCGAUGCAGUCUUCGUGCUAGGGACAAGUCUCACAGUGUAUUCAAGCUAUAGGAUAAUUCUACAAGCCAAAGAAGAAAAAAAGCAUAUAGCUGUGUUAAAUAUAGGAUCUACAAGAGCCGAUGACAUUGUGGAUAUUAAAGUAUCUGCAAAAUGUGGAGACAUUUUACCAGACUUAUGCAAUUCUUUAUGAUUAUUUUUAUAGAUUUAUUUUAGUGAAAUUGUGUUUUAACUACCCCAUAAUAUUUUUGUUUGUUUUGAUUUGUUAUAAAAAUAAAAAAAACAUA